UGAUCUUGAAUUUGCGGAUUUUACCGUGGUGUGAUAUGUGACUUCUAUGUUUGCAAUGAGGCGUGAGGGAAAUAGCUUAACAAACAUCGGUGGCUAUGUACAACUUAUCUUUUUAUCAUGUCAUUUAUUUUUUCCAUUUUUAUGCUUCACUCAAACUUUCAAACCAUGUCGUUUCUUAUGCAGCCUUCUCACAAAUGUUUCUGGGCAUUUUUUGGCAUUGUUUGUGAACAUGUUUCUUCCAGAUACACUAAAUUUUUGUUUUCAUCACAAGGACAGAAGGGAAAUAUUGGAAAUUUUGGAGAAGUGCAAGAAUGGCAAGUAAAUCUUUUGCAAGAAUAAAUAAUAUGUUUUCUUUAGUUUCACGAAGGGCUGCCCACCUGGGUUUGGCAAGGGGCAACCAAUCUGCAAGAGGGUUCAUCAGAACACAUCCUGCAUCGAUAGUGGUUCACAGCCAGUUGAGCCAUACUGGCUGUGAUCUGAACAGCCAGCAUGCUUGCCUGCUACCAGUUACCUCUGAUGACAGUGGGCAAGAGUGGGAUGAUGGUGGCAUCCCUCUCACUGUCUUGGCUGCAGGACUGCUGGCCACAGUGUGUGCUGCCAGUGAUGAAGAAUCCAAGUUUUUCAAGGCGGCCCGCCUGGGAGACGAGCGUGAACUCAGACAACUGGUGGCGGCCGGGGAGGAUGUGAACCAGAGGCACCCACUGGGCUGGACCGCCCUGCACGUGGCAGCUGUUCGGGGUCAGCUGGCUGCCGUCGAAGCGCUGCUCGAGAUGGGCGCGACGGCGGACAUAGCUGACGAGUUCUGCAGUGUCUACGCAACGGCCCGAGAGAAGAGGAUCAACUCACUAAACGUGCUGGUGCGGCGUGAGGACGAGUUCAGUGAUCGACUCAACAACCGGGUGUCGUUCCGCGGCUGCACGCCGCUCCACUACGCCGUGCUGAUGGACCGGCGGGAGGUGGCGUCGGCUCUGCUGCGGCGCGGAGCCUCGCCCUUUGCCGCCAACGACAGCGGCCACACGCCGCUUGACUACGCCAAGGACAGGGCCAUGCAGACGCUGCUGCGCGCCGCCGAGGAGAAGCUGCGGGCCGAGCAGCGCGCGCGCGAGGCCGACGAGCGACGCCGCUUCCCGCUCGAGAAGCGCAUCAAGGAGAAGAUCGUGGGCCAGGACGGCGCCAUCGCCACCGUCGCGUCUGCGAUCCGCCGCAAGGAGAAUGGCUGGUACGACGAGGAACAUCCGCUGGUGUUCCUCUUCCUCGGCUCGUCCGGCAUAGGCAAGACAGAGCUCGCCAAGCAGAUCGCCGCCUAUCUCCACAGGAACAACGCAAAGGGCUUCAUUCGGCUGGACAUGUCUGAGUACCAGGAGAAACACGAGGUGGCGAAGCUGAUCGGUUCGCCGCCGGGCUACGUGGGCCAUGACGACGGCGGCCAGCUAACCAAGCGACUCAAGAGCUGCCCCAACGCCGUGGUGCUGUUCGACGAGGUGGACAAGGCGCACGCCGACGUCCUCACCGUGCUGCUACAGCUGUUCGACGAGGGCCGGCUCACCGACGGCAAGGGACGCACCAUCGAGUGCAAGGACGCCAUCUUCGUCAUGACGUCCAACCUGGCCAGCAACCAGAUCGCCGACCACGCACUGGAGCUGCGCCGCGAGGCCGAGAAGCUGGCCCGGGAGCGGUACGAGGGCAAGAUUGACGACGUGGAGUUCACCGAGCGCGUCAACAUCUCCCGCACCUUCAAGGAGACGGUGGUGCAGCCCAUCCUGAAGCGACACUUCCUGCGGGACGAGUUUCUCGGUCGCAUCAACGAGAUCGUGUACUUCCUGCCGUUCUCGCGGCCCGAGCUGCGUCUGCUGGUGGCGCGAGAGCUCCAGCUCUGGGCUGACCGGGCGAAGGAGAAGCACAACAUCGAGUUGAAGUGGGACCGUCGCGUGCUGGACGUGCUCGUGGACGGCUACAACGUGUACUACGGCGCCCGCUCCAUCAAGCAUGAGGUGGAGCGGCAGGUAGUGAACCAGCUGGCGGCGGCCCACGAGCUGCAGCAGCUGCGGCCCGGCUGCGCCGUGUUCGUCACCGUCACGGACGACACAGCACAACCGGGCGCGCGCGGCGUCAAGAUCCAGCUGGGCCAUGGCGGCGCCUCCGACCUGGAGGAUUUCGUCUCUCCGCUGAGCUGAGCCGACGCAGCGGACGUCGCCGGGCUGGGAGCUGUUCAAGCGGGAGACGGCACUGAGGGGAUCGCGGUUCUUGCGGCGUCACGGACACCAGCUUUCCCGGGCGACGUCACUUGACUCGAGGUCGCGCAGAUGGUACGUGGUCCAGGUUUCGUGCCGUGGUGGCGGUUCUGUAGGACGCCGGCGGCCGUUCCCAGGUGUGAUCGGGCAGGCGCAGGCCCCAUUGUUAGUGCUGUGACGGAGGCUGGAUAGUGGUGCAGUGGUGAUCCGCAGCCUUGUCCGCCUGCCGGUAGUGCCUGCCGAGGGCGGCACGACCCCGGUAGUUGGUGCCAAACGCUACAGACUGUGCUUGCUUGCAUGAGUGAUGUGCUCGCAUUCCACUGUGCUAGUCUGCCCGGGUGGCGUUUUCAUUGUUUUGACAGAUUGCCUGUUUAAGGUAAUAGAGCUGUGGCAUUAUUUCAUGUCUCCAUUUCGUUAUUUUCUAGUGACUCCCUUCGCAGUAUUUUGGUUGAGCCAGCGAUGCAAGUCGAUAUUAAUACAUGAUUGAAUCGGGACUCCUGA